AUGUCCAACAUCACCACCAUGACAGAAUUCAUCCUCCUUGGGUUCUCAGAGGUCCAGGAACUGCAGCUGGUUCAUGCCGCGCUAUUCCUCCUUGUCUACCUGGCGGCCCUGAUGGGGAAUCUCCUCAUCGUCGCCGUCACCACCCUCGACCGGCGCCUCCACACCCCCAUGUACUUCUUCCUCAGGAACCUGUCCCUUAUCGACCUCUGCUUCAUCUCCACCACCGUCCCUAAAUCCAUCCUCAACUCCCUGAGCAAUCGUCAAUCUAUUUCUUUCCUGGGCUGUGUUUCCCAAGUGUUUUCCUACCUGAUGUUUGCCGCUACAGACCUGAUCUUCCUCACGGUGAUGUCCUAUGACCGCUACGUGGCCAUCUGCUGCCCUCUCCGCUAUUAUGUCACCAUGGACCAAGGGGCGUGUUGGAAAAUGGUGGUUGCCUCCUGGCUCGGCGGGGGCCUCUACGCCCUGAUGAACACCACUGCCACUUUCUCUUGCCACUUAUGUGGUCCUCGGGUCAUCCACCAGUUCUUCUGUGACAUCCCACAGUUGCUCAAACUCAUAUGCCCGGGAGAGGCCCAGGCAGAAAUCUCUGCACUGGCACCAAUUUCAGGUGGUCUAUCUUAUCUGGACCUGCUGGUGUCCGUGUUCUACGCCUUGGGCUAUGCUGCGCCUCAGUAA